UAAUGCGUGCUGUUUUCCAUGCAGGGACCGGGGUUUGUGGUUCUUUGCCUGGGCCUUCGUGGAGGCGCUGUGGUUGGGGAAAGCCACAUUCCGGCAGACAUCUGAUCUCGAUCACGCCAGCUGUUAAUUUGCAGCAGUUUAAGAAUAAUUUUUACAUGGAGACAUUCUAUCGCAGUGUGCAGGGUGAAAAAGAGCAAGAUCCAUAUGUCAAUGGUCUAGGAUGGCCAGUGAAGGCUCCAAUAUCCCAAGUCCUGUCGUGCGUCAGAUUGACAAACAGUUUCUGAUCUGCAGCAUAUGCUUGGACCGUUAUAAGAAUCCCAAAGUGCUCCCAUGCCUGCAUACUUUUUGUGAGAGGUGUUUACAGAAUUACAUUCCAGCUCAUAGCUUAACCCUUUCUUGCCCCGUGUGCCGCCAGACAUCUAUUCUUCCAGAGAAAGGGGUUUCUGCACUGCAAAACAAUUUCUUCAUCACCAACCUAAUGGAUGUCCUGCAGCGAACUCCAGACAGCAGUAUUGAGGAGGCUGCCAUCUUGGAGACUGUCACAGCUGUAGCUUCAGGGAAACCACUUUCCUGCCCUAAUCAUGAGGGAAAUCUGAUGGAGUUUUACUGUCAGUCCUGUGAGACAGCCAUGUGCCAGGAAUGCACAGUAGGAGAACAUGCAGAACAUCCAACGGUCCCUCUUAAGGAUGUAGUAGAACAACACAAGGCUUCUCUUCAAACACAGUUAGAUGCUGUGAACAAAAGGCUUCCAGAGAUAGAUACUGCACUGCACUUCAUAUCUGAAAUUAUCCAUCAACUGACCAACCAAAAGACCAGCAUUGUAGAUGAAAUUCAUUCCACUUUUGAUGAACUCCAGAAGACAUUAAAUGUUCGCAAGAGUGUUUUGCUUAUGGAACUGGAAGUAAAUUAUGGCCUUAAACAUAAAGUCUUGCAGAAUCAGCUUGAUACUUUGUUGGAGGGACAAGAAAAUAUUAAGAGCUGUAGCAAUUUUACCGCCCAGGCACUCAGUCAUGGAACUGAAACAGAAGUGUUACUUGUUAAAAAGCAGAUGAGCGACAAGCUAAAUGACCUGGCAGACCAGGAAUUCCCUCUUCAGCCCCGUGAAAAUGAUCAACUGGAUUUCAUCGUAGAAACAGAAGGAUUGAAAAAAUCCAUUCAUAAUCUUGGUACUAUUUUAACCACAAAUGCAGUGGCUUCUGAAACAGUGGCCACAGGUGAAGGACUUAAGCAGACUGUGAUCGGGCAACCAAUGUCAGUCACCAUCACAACCAAGGACAAAGAUGGUGAGCUCUGUAAAACCGGAAAUGCUUGUCUCACAGCUGAGCUGAGCACACCUGAUGGAAGUGUGGCAGAUGGAGAGAUACUUGAUAAUAAAAAUGGCACUUACGAAUUUUUGUACACUCUCCAGAAAGAAGGGGACUUUAUUCUGUCUUUGAGACUGUACGAUCAACAUAUUAAAGGCAGCCCAUUCAAACUCAAAGUCAUUAGGUCAGCAGAUGUAUCUCCUACUGCUGAAGGAGUUAAGAGACGUGUUAAGUCUCCUGGAAGCGGCCAUGUGAAACAGAAGGCUGUAAAGAGACCAGCUAGUAUGUACAGCACCGGCAAAAGGAAAGAGAAUCCCAUUGAAGAUGAUCUAAUCUUCCGAGUAGGUACCAAAGGGAGAAACAAAGGGGAAUUUACAAAUCUUCAGGGAGUAGCUGCAUCUACAAAUGGAAAAAUAUUAAUUGCAGAUAGCAAUAAUCAAUGUGUACAGAUAUUUUCCACCGAUGGCCAGUUCAAGAAUCGUUUUGGUGUACGGGGAAGAUCCCCUGGUCAGUUACAGCGGCCUACUGGAGUAGCUGUGCACCCUUGUGGCGAUAUCAUUAUUGCAGAUUACGAUAACAAAUGGGUUAGCAUAUUCUCCUCUGAUGGAAAAUUUAAGGCAAAAAUUGGAUCAGGAAAACUUAUGGGGCCAAAAGGUGUUUCUGUGGAUCGUAAUGGACAUAUUAUUGUAGUGGACAACAAAGCAUGCUGUGUAUUUAUCUUCCAGCCAAAUGGGAAAAUAGUAACCCGAUUUGGAAGCCGAGGCAAUGGAGAUAAGCAGUUUGCAGGCCCUCAUUUUGCAGCUGUCAACCAUAAUAAUGAAAUUAUUAUUACUGAUUUCCACAAUCAUUCUGUCAAGGUAUUUAACCAGGAAGGUGAAUUCUUACUGAAGUUUGGGUCUAAUGGAGAAGGAAAUGGACAGUUCAAUGCUCCAACAGGAGUAGCUGUAGAUUCUAAUGGGAAUAUUAUUGUAGCAGAUUGGGGAAAUAGUCGAAUACAGGUUUUUGAUGGAAGUGGAUCCUUUUUAUCUUACAUAAAUACAUCUGCUGAUCCACUUUAUGGUCCUCAAGGUUUAGCUCUUACUUCGGAUGGUCAUGUUGUUGUUGCAGAUUCUGGGAAUCAUUGCUUCAAAGUCUACAGAUAUUUACAGUAAUGGUUGGAGUUGGAACAUGUUUAAGAAGUUACUAGCUGCUUCUAGAGGACAGUGUAGAUAAUAUUCUGCUUCUUAAAUAUUUUUUCUGUUUUUUAAAUAUUUAAAAUUUAAAACUGCAGGAUCUCUAGUAUGAUCAUUCUUUUAUUUUAUUCCAGACUUACCUUGUUUACAUAGAAUUUGCAUAGAAUUUAUAUGCUCUGCAUUGAAUUUAUCAGAAGGAUUAAUGAGACCCUACUUCACCCUACACCCCCCACUAAAUAAAACCUUCACAAAGCCACUGGAAUACUAGAAAUAUAAACUGUGACUUGUAGAGCAGACAUUUAUAAAUAUAUAAGUAAUUGGAUGUACACAUGAAGAAGGAAAUGGACUCAAGAAGGUACUUGAUUCAGAAGAAUUUAUUUUAACUCUGAAUGGGAGAAGUUUAAAUUUUCACAUUUCAAAAUUCUUACUAGUAAUAAUAUUCAAUCCAGCAGGAUGUCUGGGAAUCUUCAAGAACACAUUAUUGUAGGUAUCUCACAUAUAACAUUAUUCAGAUGUACUUUGUAACUUUAAGUAGUUUAUUUUAAUUUAAAAAGGAUGUGAGUAAUCCUUUCUGUUAAUUGGCAGACCUAAUAACUUAAUUUUUAGAAUUAUAAGAACAAACACACAUUUUCUGUAGUGCGUGGAUUGAUGUACAUAUCUAGCAACUUUUCUACUAUUCAAUAUGUUGUCAAUGUUUUAUUGAAACCUAAAAGUUUACUCUGGAAAUGUAGGAUAAUGUAACUGCUGAUAGUUCAUAGAAUCAAGUUCCAAUUAAUACCAGGCUAAUUCGUUAAAAAAAAUGGUGACUGUUAUAUCAGUUUAACUAAUUUCACAACUGACCUUUAUAUUUCAUAUAUGUUCCUACAGUGGUUAUAAGAGCAGUCAAUUUUAUUCAAUUGCUUGUUUUUGCACAGGAAAACAAGCCUUAUGUGUAUCCUAGUAGAAAUCUUGUAUUACCAAAGGAAGUUUGGGUAGGUGACAAAUUUUGAGGAGGAAGUCAAGGGUUACCAAAGCAGGGUAUUUUUUUUUUAAUUUCAAAAAUUUAAUUGUCUGUGGUUACUGUACAUAAGUGGAGGAUAUUGAAGAUACUUAAUUAAUGUGAGGCUACAUUGAGAUUCCAAAAAAGCUCAUAAUUUUCUUCAUUACAAAUGUGGAUAAUGUGAACAUUAAAAAAACAAUUUUAACUAUAGGCAAUUUUGAUGUACAUGUUUUCUUGGUGCCCUUUCUUGAGGUCUGAAAUUUUACUUUUAUUGAAAGUUUCUUCUCUUAUGCUUGCUUCUUGAUACAGGUCUUGUGAUUUCCAGUUAAUUGGGAACAUCAGAGUGCAAAUUUUUUCAUUUUUAUCCAACAGCAGCAUAAUUUUGCAUAAUAUUAAAUAAUGUUUAGAACAAGUAAGAAUAAAACUGCAAUCAACAGCAAAUGACGUUGACACUCUUAAAAGAGUGUUGUCAACAUUUGAAAUAAUAUUGUAUUUCCUGUUUCAAUCAUGGUGCUUUCUAAAUAUAUUUCAGCUACACUACUGGAAUAGGUGGAGCCCAAUAUCUUAUCUAAAAUACUGACAUAAUGGCUUUAUUUGGACAAAAAUAAAACAAAUUAUGUAGUUAGUACUGCUGCUAGAUAAUUGCCUAUAUUUUGGAAUAUAACACAAUUAAAUUUGAAAUGAUUCAGUAUCUAAACUAAUGAUACAUAUUGUUUUAAUACUUAGCCAAUAAUUUCAAAUAAUGUUAUAAAACAAUUCUUUCAAAAAGAACAUGCCAAGAAUCUAAUUAAAGAAUUCUUGAAUAUACAAAGAAAUAUCUGCAAAGGCAAUACACACUAGACAUUAUUUGUCCUAAACACUGAACCAAUUUGAAAGCUGUUUGAAUUUUAAGAGGGAACUGGAUUUCCUAUUUAUGAUUUUAUGAAUAUUUAUUAAUCGUAUGAACAAUAAAAAAAUUGUAAUUGUUAUUGAGUUUCUUACAUAAAAAGGGCAUUUACAAAUUGUUCCAAAUGUUAUUGUUAUGAACUAGAUUCAAAGCAUAUUGUCAUACCAAUCUGGUUUAAAGUUUGAGAUAGUCAUAUGAUAAAUACAAAUAUUUGCUUGAGUUUUUAAAGAGGAUACCAAGCCAAAUCCUAUAGUGACCUAAAUGGAAACGUCUCUAGUAAAAAUCUGGGAUAUUUAUAUUCAUUUUAAUGACUUACUGCAGUUUUCAGUUCAUUAUAUAAAGGAUAGAAUAGAGGCUAAAUUGUCCUAAAUUGAUACAUAUAUAGUAUUUGAUGCAUGCAGGCAUGUCCAUGCAUUCCUUAAAACACUUCCCUAAAAUAGUUCCUCAGUUCUAAUAAAAAUUAACUUAGUAAUGCUUAGCGAUAUUUGAUUCAAAUUUGAAUUAUCGCUUCUUUCCUUUGCAACUAUGCUAUCAUUUGUUAAGGCAACAUGGCCUUCCCUUUGAUUUUUAUGCAUGUUACUGUAAAUUGACUGAUGCUGCUAGAGAUCUGUUGAAUACUUCUCUUGAUCAUAGCUAAAAGGCCAAGAAGUGAAGAGGCCUGUGGAAUUGUAGAUCCUUGCUAGAAGUUGAAAGUAUAGAAUCAUUAGACGGCUGAAAUAAGGCUAGAUGAGUCUACUUUAACAUUGAGUGAUGCCAAAAUGCCUAAUCAAAAUUGGAUUGUUUCUUGCUCAUCAAAUUCCCAAAGCUCACUACUAAAGCAUUUGUGUCCUGUAAGAAGUAACUGAUUAGAGAUUACUAUAAAACUUGCAGAACUACAUAUACAAGAAACCAGUCUGGAUCCAAAUAAACAUUUACUAGACUACAGGCAUUUACUCUUCUAAAUUAAUAUUCAAGAAUAGUAUCUGUAGAUUCAGCCCAAAUCUGUGACUCUGCCAAACCUACAAUUACUUUUUAAGGUAUAUCUGUACUGCAAAUGUACACUAAAUUAACAGACUCUGGGAGGCUGAAUUGUUUUAGUUUAUGCUUGCAGAACAGACAUCCCUCUUGUAUCAAGUGGUGCUUAUAGCUGCAGUAAUGAACAAUGCAUAUGUGUUUAGUCAAUGUAAACACUUGCUUGAUAUAAGGUUUUUUUAAAAUUUUAAUUUGUUUUUGGAUAAACUUGCAAAGUGUAUAUUGAAAGGUUUUUAACUGUAAAAAGCUGUUAAAAUUAGUUGAGUUUUUACACUGAUUUAAAAUUUCAGCAAUGUAAUGAGAAAAUGAUCUCCAUUAUUGUUGACCUUUGUAAACAUUACAGGGCUUUCAACUUUACAGCUACUUUUUCUUUGAUAUAACUGAAGAUUUAGCAUUGCCAUAUGAAAAAAGUGCCCAUUAAGUUUUGCUUGUUGUGUGAAGAAAUGAUAGCAAAGAACAAAAUGAUGCUAUCUAUUGAAGAUGCUGUUAAACUGUGAGCAAUGAUUAAAAACAUGUGUUCUGAAGAAUGUAUGAAAGGUACUCUUUUUCCUAUAGUGUAGAAUGAUUCCUAAUUGUUGAUAGCUUCUAAUGAAUGUACAACAUUGAACUGGAUGUGUGCAUAGCCUUAACCUCAAAAGUUUGCUUUUUACUCCCCUUUAUGACAUGGGAAUGUUCCAUAAUAAGUAGCAUAUCCCAGUGCUUGCAAUUGAAUUGUUUCACACAUUAUAUUUUUCAGAUUCUUAGAAUAAAUUAAUUUUAUUGUUGCUUUGUACAUUCCAACUUCAUGCGCCAGUUCAUCUCUAUUUCAUUUUUAGAUACAUAAAGUUAUUAAAGUUAUGUUCUCUAGAAAUUAUACUGAAAUUGUAGGACUUAUUUUAUUUUUUAUGCUCCCUUGUCGGUUUUAAUAGAUGUAUAAUCUCUGUCUAGUUAAGGCUGAGGAUGAAAGCUGUUCAUUGAAGAAUGUCUGUAUGUAGAUUUAGCUUCAUGUG